AUGGCUCUCGACAGGGUCCCUCGGAGGGUGGGGGUGGUGGGCUACGGCCGUCUCGGACAGUCCCUGGUCUCCCACCUGCUGACUCAGGGACCGGAACUGGGCCUAGAACUUGUUUUUGUCUGGAAUCGAGACCCAGGACGAAUGGCAGAGAAAGUGCCCCACUCCCUGCAGCUGCAGAACCUCGCUGACCUUGGGGAAAGGCACCCUGACCUUGUGGUAGAAGUGGCCCAUCCCAAAAUAAUCCAGGAAUCUGGGGCACAGAUCCUGCGCCAUGCCAAUCUCCUGGUGGGGUCUCCCUCAGCUCUGGCUGACCAGGCCACAGAGCAGCAGCUCCUGGAAGCCUCAAACCGCUGGAACCACGCUGUAUUCGUGGCCCGGGGAGCCUUGUGGGGCACUGAGGACAUCAGCAGAUUGGACUCAGCUGGGGGCCUCCAGAGCCUCCGUGUCACUAUGGCCACACAUCCUGAUGGCUUCCGGCUUGAGGGACCCCUGGCUGCAGUGCACAGCACUGGGCCUCGCACCGUGCUCUAUGAAGGCCCUGUCCGUGGGCUCUGCCCCUUUGCUCCCCGCAACUCCAACACCAUGGCAGCUGCUGCCCUGGCGGCUCCCAGCCUGGGCUUCGACCGCGUGAUCGGGGUGCUUGUGGCGGAUCUCAGCCUCACGGACAUGCACGUGGUCGAUGUGGAACUGAGCGGGCCCCCAGGCCCCACAGGACGGAGCUUUGCUGUGCACACCCACAGAGAGAACCCCGCCGAGCCAGGCGCUGUCACCGGCUCUGCCACUGUGACCGCCUUCUGGCGCAGCCUCCUGGGGUGCUGCCAGCUCCCUUCCAGGCCUGGAAUCCAUCUCUGCUGA